AUGAUGGCCAAAAAAGAACAAAUCACGAGCUUCAUUCUGGCGCUGGGUCUGACCCAGGACAGGGCCUCGCAGAUCCAUCAGCGCAGUGAGAUCGGGUGUAACUAUACUGAAGAGAUCCUAAGCAGUCUGUAUCCUCAGAACGUCUUCUUGCCGGAGACUCCCGAAUACUCUACUUGGAUUAACAAAUACUUCGGCUCUCGGCCUCGCCUCAACGCAUCUGCGGUUUUCACUCCAGAGAACACGGACCAGGUUGCCUCUGGCGUCAAGAUCUUCGAGUUCUUCCAGAGACAGUUUGCUACUCGUGGUUUGGGCUUUACAUCCAACCCUGGAGCAGCCGGCAUUGAGGAUGGCGUGCUUCUUGCCCUGGAGAAGAUGAACAACAUCUCACUUACUCCAUCCAAAGAUAUCGCUAGUCUUGGUCCAGGUAACAACUGGGGUCGGGUGUAUGGUACACUCGAAAGCCAGAGGGUCACAGUCACUGGAGGCGAGCUUGCAGUCGUUGGAAUCUCUGGCCUCUUGACUGGUAAUGGAUUCGGCAGUUUCCUCGGAAGUCGUGGAUUCUCCAGCGCCGACAUCGUCAACUUUGAAGUUGUUCUCGGCGGCGGAAAGGUCGUCAACUCCAAUGCGACUGAGAACGCUGAUCUCUGGUGGGCUCUCAAAGGAGGUUCCAAUAACUUCGGAAUUGUUACCCGCUUUGAUAUGAACACCUUUCCCCUGCCCAACGGCAUCUUUUCUGGCUCCAUCUCGUACAACCAGAGCCAAGCCGAUGCAGCCCUGGAUGCGUUCUACGAGAUCCAAACUGGAGCGCUGCUUGACGACUCUCAGCUCGUGGUCAACUUCACAGGCCCUUAUCCCAAGGCGCUUCAGCCUCUGAUAGAUGUCGGCCCCAUUGCAACAAACUUUUCUCGCAACACUCUCACCAACGAGGCAUCCAAGGCCGUAACACCCGAAUUCUUGGCAGUCUAUACCCAGAGAAUCGCUCGUGGAAACAUCAACGUCAAGGCGGACAGGGAGCUGUACAAGGAGAUCUCUGCAUUGUUUUUCUCCCACCACGCGUCUUCGACUCUUGCUGGCCACACAAUCGGCUUUUCUUGGAACCCCGUCACUCCUUUCGCUGUACAAGAGUCCAACAGAAAGGGCGGCAACACAGGUGGCUGGCAGGAGCUCAACCAGAACUCACUCAAUCUGAGAACAAGCUGGAGCAACGCCGACGACGAUACGACGGCCCUCCAGAUGGACGCUGAAUUCUUGGCCAAGGCAGCAGAACUAGCUCGUAAGCGCGAUGCUCUAAUGCCGAACCAGUGGAUGAACAACGCUGCCGAGACCGCCGAUGUCAUCAGAACUUACGGAAAGGAGAACAUCAAGAAGAUGAAGGCUGUCUCGCAGAAGUACGACAAGGAGGGAAUCUUUCAACGUCUCGUCCCUGGCGGUUACAAGCUGGGUGCCUAG